UCUGCAUUUGCAUUUUCGCGAUACGAAAAAGUCUAGUAUACAAGAUUUGCCGCCCACAUCUGGUCGUAUUCUCUCGUCUCAUCCCUGCUCUUCUCUAGCACGCUCAAUCAUCUGCAUGUAGUCUGUAGGUAUUAAGAUGGUAGUUGUCGUUAUUCCAUUGCCGUUCCCAUGUCAUGCCAUCCCGACCCGCCAUUUCCCACCAGCCAGUGUGUGUGAAAAGAACAAAAGAAAAGAAGAAAAGUUGUAUAAAGAGAACUGGGCAACCUGGUCUCACUCGCCACCGCUAGAGGGAACUUUGGAUUGCCCACCUGGGCGAUUUUGCAAUGAAGGUAAGCAAAGGGGUAUUAAACAGAAUAGAAAAGGGAAAGCAGCGAAGGAUGGCUGGAAAGCUGAAGGGAUGGGCCCAUAAAAACAGAAGGAAAUAGUGUGCCAAUCCAGUAUAUGCCUGCCUUUUCCAAAGGAGUUGGAGAGAUUUAGCACA